UUUUUUUUCCCUUUCAACGGUAGAAAGCUUGUCGACUUCACUGUGAAAGUUCCGCCGGGAGAAGCAGCGAAACAUCGAGUUAUUCUCUCGUUUAAUGGCAGCAUGAUGUGGAGAUCACGGCAGUGACGUGGACCGGCUAUUAACCGAGGGGGGGAAAAAGAGGGAAAUUGUUCUGCGAGGACCUGGCCUCAGUAUUUAUCAGCCGUUUGGAUCAAGGUUCUUGUGUUUUUUUUUCCCCUCUUCGUGUUGUCGGCAGUUUCACGGACGCUGGUUGGAAGCAUGGCUAAGGGACGUAGCUGACUGUGGAGCGCAGCAGGGUUGGAUCCUGCAGUCCGAGAACAGGGUAUGACAGCUGUGGAGGAGUGAGGGAAAAAUCCCAGCCUGCAGCGUCUUUACCAUCACCUCCAGUUGUCUCUGUUGGACUUGUCCCUGUUGAUCUAAUUAUGUGUAAAUGACCUUUAUUGAACUGUAAGACGUGGAUUCCCUCAUAUCAGAUUCAUCAGUAUUAUUUUAUGUGCUACCGGUCCCCCAAAAACACCCCAACAGCCAUGAGAAGCAGAAUGAACCUGCUGCUGGGCUGCGUCCUGCUUUGUUCCGCCUCCCUGCUCUACCUGGGCAUGAACGGGAUAGACUGUCCUCGGAAGAGCCACCGCUACCGAUGGAUGGAGCUCAACAUGGGCUCAGGCAAUCAGAGUCUGCCCCUGACUGAACACUUCCCUGAAGACACGCCUCUCAUCUUCAUCGGGGGUUUUCCUCGGAGCGGCACCACGUUGAUGCGUGUGAUGCUGGACGCCCACAACGCCGUUCGGUGCGGAGAGGAGACGAGAGUGAUCCCUCGUCUCCUGGCGAUGAGGGCCACCUGGAGUCGCUCGGUUAAGGAGAGGCUACGGCUGGACGAAGCUGGCGUCACUGACCAGGUGUUGGACUCAGCGGUGCGAGCCUUUCUGUUAGAGGUGAUAGUCGGUCAUGGGGAGCCUGCACCUCGCCUUUGCAACAAGGACCCAUUUGCAUUGAAGUCCCUGUCUUAUUUGGCACGCAUCUUCCCCAAAGCAAAGUUUGUGCUCAUGCUGAGAGAUGGACGGGCGACCGUCCACUCCAUGAUAUCACGCAAGGUGACCAUCUCAGGGUUUGACCUGACCAGCUACAGAGAUUGUCUCACCAAGUGGAGCAGCGCGCUGGAGACCAUGUUCAGCCAGUGUCAGGCGGCAGGGGAAGCUCGAUGUCUACCUGUCCCAUACGAGCAGCUCGUUCUCCAUCCAGAGCAGGAAAUGAGGAAGUUGCUUCAUUUUCUGGAGCUGCAGUGGGACCCGUCAGUGCUGCAUCACGAAGAGCUGAUUGGGAAGGCCGGCGGCGUGUCUCUGUCCAGGGUUGAGCGCUCCACGGACCAGGUGAUGAAGCCGGUGAACACUGAAGCCAUCUCCAAGUGGGUGGGAAACAUUCCCCCUGACGUGAUCAAGGACAUGGCCGAAAUCGCCCCCAUGCUGGCUCGCCUGGGCUACAGUCCUCACGCCAACCCUCCAGAUUACUCAAAAGCAGGACCCAUGGCGUCUCCUUUCAACCACUCAGAGAAAGAGAAAACGGCACCAGACUCUCCUCGGCCCAUUUAAAGGUGGCACUUUACGAACGCACCUUGAACGUGGACUUCCAUUUCAGCCGAGAUCUCACCUCACAGGCUGGACUUCGCCGUUGCAUCUCCAUUUGUAAAUUGUUCUCCAGACCUGUUUACAGUAUCCAAGUGUACAGCCUGGUGGGGUGUUUGAAGAGUAAUUUGAGGUUUAAAUCUCAGCUCUUCAUCUCUCCUCCAUAGUGAACUAUUUUACAGAGUCUUGACACAUCUUGUCACCUCAUACCUGAAAGUGUUUCAAAGUUUCUGCAAGUUCUUCACUACAAUGUGAAUGUGUGACCAAUAACUCACUAAGAGCUCAGUCAAUGAUCAUCAAGCUUAAUGACUGUAUAUAUUUUUCAAGACGUAUGUUUAUUUUCUUAAUAAAUUAUUUUGGUUGACUGGU